AUGUCAACUUCCCUUAUUCAUAAUGAAUCUAAAGAUAUUACCACUACUGUCAUCAAGCCUAAUAUUAAAAUUCCUAAAACAAUUUAUUAUAAAAGAAUGUGUCAAAAAUUAGCUCAAAAAAAUGAUACCAUUAAUUCCAUAAAACAGAUUUCACCGCAGAUAGAAAAUACAAAUACCGUUGAUAAAAUAACACAAGAUAAAAAGGAAGAACUUAAUAAAGAUGAAAAUACAUUAAAAGAAAUGUCAACUUCCCUUAUUCAUAAUGAAUCUAAAGAUAUUAUUAAUUCUACGCUAGUAAUUUGUGAAUCGGAUAUAACACCAAGUGACUGUGAACUUGAUACUACCCCAGUUAUUCAAAGUGACAAUCAGGAGAAAGAUAAAGAAAAUGUUUCCAUAGAAUCAUUAUUUUCAAAAAUAAAACAACCAGCUAAAUUAAAAAAAAAACUAAUCAUAAGUCCGGCUACUAUUGGUGUUCAAAAUACACUUAACAAAACUUUCAAAUGUGCUAACAAAAUAAACCAAAUUAACAGUUUAGAUUCAACAACACAAUGUGAGAUUACUAAUUCACCAGAAAAACAAAUAAAAUCUUUAAAUAAAGACACUCUGAUAACAUGUAGUAAAAAUAAUUUUCCAGAGUUUGAUAUAAAAACGGAGGAUAAAUCUUUUACAACAGACAUACUUCAUAACCAACAAUUGUUCUCUCCUGAAAAUAAUAAUUUUGAGCAAUUUUCUAUUAAAAGAAAAAAAAAAGUUAUAGAAAAGGAUAAUAAUACUCUGGAAUUAAUUAAUAUGAAAAAACGUUCACAGACACCUAUUACUUGUUUGAGUCCUUCAAUCAACAAUGAAUUUAACAAGUCAAUAGAGAAUGAUAAAUGUUUGUCUGUGAAUAAUGAAAGAGAUUAUUUAAGUCCAUCUCAACAAAAAAAUAAUCAAACAAAAUGCAAUUUAGAUACUCUUAAGUGUACAAAUAAUAUAACAGAAUCUAAAUACUUAAAUAAUUCUUGUAGAAGUUCCUCCAAAAAUACAUCUAUUGAAACAAGUCCCGCUAAUAAAUCUGUUUUAUCAUCUAUCAACAAUAUGGAAGUUAAGCAAGUUCCUAUUACAAGAAAAACUAAUGCAAUACAAAGGGAUAAUAAUAAUUUAAACAAAUCUGAUAAAGUUGCCCACUCAUCAUGUAUUAAAGAUUAUAAAAAUAAGUAUGACUCAAAAACGGACGAUAAACAACUUUCUACGGAUACACUUCAUAACCAAAAAUUAUGUACGUAUGACAACAAAAAACAAACAUCGUCUGUCAAUAUUGAAGUUGAACAAGUUCCAUUUGUAAGAAAAAAAAAAGUAUUAGAAAAUGAUAAUAAUGCUUUAAAUAGAUUUAAAAAAGUCACUCAAGAAUCAUGUGUUAAAGAUCAUAAAAAUAAGUAUGACUCAAAAACAGGCGAUAAACAACUUUCUACGAAUACACUUCAUAACCAAAAAUUAUGUACUUAUGACAACAAAAAACAAACAUCGUCUGUCAAUAUUGAAGUUGAACAAGUUCCAUUUAUGAGAAAAACAAAAGUAUUAGAAAAUGAUAAUAAUACUUUAAACAGAUUUAAAAAAAUCACUCAGGAAUCAUGUGUUAAAGAUCAUAAAAAUAAGUAUAGCUCAAAAACGGAUGAUAAACAACUAUCAACAGACAUAUGUUGUAACCAAAAAUUAUCCACUUGCGAAAAAAUAAAUCAAAAUAAAGCGCCGUCUAUAAACAUUGAAGUUGAACAAUUCCCUACUAGAAGAAGAAAAACAGUAAUAGAAAAAGAUAAUAAUAGUAUUGCUCUGAGCAAUGUGAGAAAACGUUCAUGUGUUACAUAUAUGACUUCUUCAAUCGACAACAAAUUUAACAAGUCAACUGAGAAUGUUAAAUUGUUGUCUAUAAAUAAUGAUAGAGAACCAUUAAGUCCAUCUCAACAAGGGAAUAAUCAAUUGACAUUCAAUUUAGAUACCUUUAAGUGUGAAAAUAGUGUGGCAGAAUCUGAACAAUUAAAUAAUUCUUGUAAAAAUUUGUCCAAAAAUACAUCUAUUGAAACAAGCCCCACAAAUAAAACUGUGAUACCGUCUAUCAAUAUUGAAGUGGAACAAGGGUCCAUUUUUAGACAUUCUAAUGCAAGAAAAGUAAUAAUGCGUUCAACUUCUGAUGAUAAACAAGAAACAAAGAAUGGAAGACACGUUCAGUUGAUAACUAUAAAAGAUCAUUAUUCAACACCAAUGUCUAGUUUUAAUGGUGCUAAAAAAGUAGAAAUCGAUGUUAGCAAAAAAUCUUUUCUUAUAGAAAAAGUAGUAGAAAGUAGUAGUCAAUUUUAUGUACCACAAGUGAAAAAAAGAAGAGCCAUGAAUUUCAGCAGUUCUGAUUCAUGA